GGCAUGGCUGGGUACACACUGGGCUGGCUGGACACGAGGACAAUGCAUGUGGCGUGGCGGCGGUGUCUGGGGGCGCUGGCGGCGUGCCUGCCGCGGCUCAGCGAGGUCAUGGUGUACGUGAGUAGCCGCGUGUCGGCGGCCGCGUUGGGUCAGCAGCUGCGCAGCCUGCCUGCCGCGCUGCCGGGCCUGACAAAGCUGGAGCUGUGCUUCAUCCUGCCCUCCUCUGCACCCUGCCUGGGCGCCUUGCUGGCGUAGCUGCAGCCAGACCUGUCCGCCCUCACUGGGCUGCAGACGCUAUACCUGAUUCAGCGGCCAUGGCACGCAGGUGGACCGGAAGGCGCGGUUUGGCGGACAGCGCCGGACAUACUCAAGUUGACAUGUGGGUGACAUUGGUAAGCAGCAUUUGCUGCGUGUUGAUUGAGGGCUCGCGCCCAGCAUGCAGGCAUGCACCCAUGCACUUGGGUGAGAUGGGCCGCCCUGUUUGUGCAGGGAGCCCUGACGGCACCGCCAAGGACAGGCUCGGGAGAACUUCCGGCAGGCGCGCGGGAGGUAAUGCGGUCACGGGUCACAGGUCUCAGUGU